GUUACAUGUAGUUUCUUAAUGAAAAGAGGAUUUUGGUCAUAUUGUAUGGUGAAUUGGGAAUAAAUUAAAGAACAUCAAAAGCUUUCUGGCCCAUAGAUAUAUCUGAGUGCGCUCUUGUAUUGCACAAAGAAAGUUGAUGUAUCUAAUUUUUAGAGCUAUAUAUAUUCACAGUUAGUCUUGCAAAUUUUAACAUCAAUAUAUAUUAAUUCACCAUAUAACAUGUCGAAUAGUACUACUUCAAGUUUUCUCUAUUUUCGUUACGAAAGUUUUAGAAAGUCGAUGUCGAAAUCUAAGCGAUCACUUCACCUCUCAAAGGUAAAGCAAACGCCAAGCACAACGUCUUUGGUUCAUUUCAGUCCAAAAUUGGAGGAAAUGAAAAGAGUGUUUGACAAAUUUGACACAAACAAAGAUGGAAAAAUCUCUAAAGAGGAAUAUAAAUUGGCGAUGAAGAUGAUGAGCAGCGGUGGGGGAAAUACAAAAUCUUAUGAAGUUGAUGAUGCAUUUCAGGCUGCAGAUACUAAUGGGGACGGAUUCAUUAACUUUGAGGAGUUCAUGAGAGUGCAGAGUCUCGAAGGUGGUGUGAAUUCGACUGAUAUUAAAAGCGCUUUCAAGGCGUUUGAUUUGGAUGGCGAUGGGAAAAUUAGUGCAGAGGAAUUGUUGCAAGUUCAGCGAAUGUUGGGAGAAAAAUGUAGCUUAGAGAGUUGCAAGAAAAUGGUCAGAAGUGUUGAUGCUAAUGGGGAUGGACUUAUAGACAUGGAUGAAUUUGUGACCAUGAUGACGCGUACCAUGAAGCUCGUAUGAGAGUUGUCCAAGUACACGAAAACAAUGUAGUAAUGUCAUACAAUAGCUGCAGAUAUAUAUAUAGUCUCGAUCCGUUUUCUUACUGCAAUAAAGUAUCCUAUUUUCUAUAUUUGAGUUUGUUAUGCCGAUUAAAUUUCAAAAAAAAAAAAAAACUUCCAAAGAAAUAUAUAGUGUUACAAUUGUAGCACUAGAUAUAAUAACUUAUGUAAUAUUUCGAUUUUGUUCUGAGACAGAAACGCGAUUAACUCAUUUUCCAGUACAUUAGGCUUGUGAGCAACCAAAAACACAGUGAUUCUGGUUGAGGGUGUACCAAAUUAAAGUAUUACAUAGAUUAUGAAUUAUUAGGACUCACAGUCUAUGUACUUGUAGGACUUAAUUUGUGUUGUACUAGAUUACCUUACCUAUUCCCCUUACCAAUAUAAUAUCCCCUUUGUAUUCAUAAUAUAUAUGAAACAGAUAUGCAACCAUGAGCCUCUGUACAUGAAUGUCAUGCCAGCGAGAAGUGCCAUGAUCUAACCUUUAGGGUUGAGUUUGGUUGAAGUUCAUUUCUUCACAUGACCAAUUUGUGUAUUACCCAAUGACGGACCCCCAUGUAUUAUGCUGCUACACUCCAAAUGUCCACUCUUAGCGUGCAUUGGACGCUAGAGUCCCAUGCACGUUAGUCGAGGAAAUGAAUUGAUCAACAAUCUUUCCAGCUUGAUUCUAAGAUGCUGCACUAAUUGUGGUAAAAUGGGACUCUAUUCAAGAAUCUGUGUCAUUUUCAUUUUUAUUUUUAUUUUACUUCUUACUAUUGGAAAUGGAAUAAAAUUGCUAGAAUCAGCAUCAUUAUUUCAAAUCCACAAAUGAAAAAAACAAUUCAUAUUAUUAGUGUGAAUCAAUUCGUUUUGAACAAAAGUCCAAAAGUAAAAGAUGCCCAUCAAAUUUUAUAAUGCUAGAAAGAUUCCCUAGCACUUGUAAAGUUAGUGCAAAUUUAACAGCCUAACAUACACAUUCUCUACAAGUUUUUUAAUUUUCUCUUUGUUAACUAACUAAAGGGGAAGGAACAAUACAAAUGGCUAUAAUGAGUUGUUUCGAGCUUCCAGUGCAGCAGCCCGAUAGGGAUAUGUCAGUACAAGAAUUCAAGGUGUGGAUUAAGCAAUUCGACAUGAAUCAUGACAAGCGUAUUAGCCCUGAAGAAUUAACAGAAGCACUUGAGAGUCUACACAUGUGGUUCAGCUCAUGGAAGGCUCGUCGAGUCAUGAAGGAUGUUGAUGCUGAUCAUACAGGAUUCAUUGAUAACAAGAAAGAAGUAGAGAAACUGGUCAAGUAUGCCCAACAACGCUUGCACAUGAAAAUCCAUCAAAGUUAAGUACAUACGGGUGACUCCCUUGCUGAUUUGAACCCACAAUCUUAAGAUUGAGGGGACUUUGGUUGUCAUGUUGUUGCCUUUUUCUUUAUGUAUGGAAAUCCACUUGUUAAUUAAUCAAACCUCUUGGUCGUGUAAACUUAUCAAAGGUAAAAAAUUUCCUAACCAAGAACUCCUUUAUUUUCGUUAUUUACAUCAAUAAAGUGUGGCUAAUUAUAAUUCAUUAACUGAUAAUUAUUGCAAUUA